AUGGAGACCUUGGAUCCCACCCAGCAUCCCCAUCGAAGGUUCAAUCCCCUCACGCAUGAGUGGGUUAUCUGUUCGCCUCACCGUAAUAAUCGACCAUGGCAAGGUCAAGUCGAAGCAGCUGAGCAGACUCAGUUCCCGUCCUACGACCCGAAAUGUUAUCUGUGUCCCAACAACACCCGGGCCGGUGGCCAGCUCACUGAAAAUUAUACCUCAACAUACUUUUUCGAAAACGACUUUGCUGCUGUAAAUGAUUUGGAAGUUUCUCAAAAAUGCGCCCCAGAUUCGGAUCCGCUGCGCAUGGUGCUUCAUCGAACCGAACCUGCUCGAGGAAAAUGCUACGUGAUCUGCUACAACCCGCGUCAUGACUUGACUAUGGCUGAGCUUACCCCAGAAGAAAUCUUACCGAUCAUCAAAGCGUGGAUCGAGCUAUAUUCUAAAAUCAAAAGAGAGCAGCCAUUUAUUAAGUACAUCCAAAUAUUUGAAAACAAAGGCGCAAUGAUGGGCUGCUCCAACCCACAUCCUCACGGACAAGUCUGGGCUCUGUCGUACAUUCCGACCAUCCCGACGAAAGUCUUGAAAUCGCAAGAAGACUUUGCCAGCUCGACCAUCAAUGUUCCUGGUUCGGCCCGACUUGAAGAUGGCCGGCCGAGUCUGCUGUUGUCCUAUGCCCAUUCGGAGCUGUACCCAGAACACUCAGCUCGUGUUCUUCAUCGCUCUGAGUUCUUCGUGGCAGUGGUCCCCUUCUGGGCCACUUGGCCUUUCGAAGUGCUCGUCCUGCCCCACUCUCACCACAUACCCAGGCUUCUCGACCUGCCUCCUCAGGCCGAUCUUGACCUUGCAAGGGUCCUUUCCCAUGUUACGCGCGCAUACAACAAUCUUUUUCGAUGUAGCUUCCCUUACAGCAUGGCUAUAUUCCAAGCUCCUCCUCACGCUGAAGCCUCCGUCGCCCAACUCCAUAUUUCAUUCUGCCCUCCGCUGUUGCGCUCCGCAAGCAUUCGGAAAUUUCUGGUCGGAUUCGAGAUGUUCGGGGAAGCUCAACGAGAUCUGACACCUGAAUUAGCCGCUGAGAAGUUGCGGGCAGCAGCGCUUCAACCGUAUUUUAGAUAG